AUGCUACAGGAAGCACCGACGAAACACAUUCCCUCUUGGGUCUCCAAACAUGCCAUUGAUGCUUUCACUCUAUUGGCUCACGCAGAAGCUCAUACGCAUGGUGCUGCUGGUCCCGAUCAUGUUCAUUUCCACGAGGUUGGUGCCGUGGAUUCCAUUGUAGAUACUGUUGGAACAUUGAUUGCACUACAUGCCUUGGGAGUAACAACCGUCACCUGCAGUCGACUCCCACUGGGUGAAGGCACCGUCUGGACAGAUCACGGACUACUGCCAGUACCGGCCCCUGCCACUUUGCGGCUAUUGGUCGAUAUGCCAACCUGUCCGGGUCCUCCAGGAGUUACUGGUGAAUUGGUAACCCCAACCGCGGCUGCUUUGCUCAAGACGUUGGUCAAGUCUUGUGGGCCUCCCAAUGUGAAAGUGGAGGGUCGCCCGCCAGCAUUCACAAUCCGUAGUAUUGGGAUUGGUGCCGGGACAAAAGACUUUGUCAAGCACCCAAACAUUCUUCGGCUCGUGUUGGGAGACACCAGUGUUUCUGAGGAUAGAAAAACGGAAAACUCUUGA